AUGCCCAAAUAUUUUAUAGCUUCAGCGCCCACAACAUCAGCAGCGAGUACGGCCUACAACAGUAAUAACAGCGGCAGUACCAACAACAAUAAUGGUACAUCGCAAAUGGUUAUUAAAUCGGCCGUGCGGCAACUCUCCUACGACAUGGUCAGCACCAGUGGCAAAAGUGGCAACACGAAACGAAAUUCCAAUACGUCAUUUGUGGCGUCCUCAUCCUCCGGCUCAUCAUCACCUGUAUCCAUUAUGAUGCAGGGCGGUGAACAACAUCAGCGGCAACAAAAGACACAAGUGAUUAGCAGUGCAGCGUCAGCGCAUACUGCAACGCAUCUGCUGGAUCAUGGCUAUGGUGUGACGAUUAAGCAGACACCGUCGACAUCGUCGUCAGCCUCGUCAUCAGCAACAACGGCGACAACUCAUUUCACCGGCAAAUACACGUCCACGGUGGCGAGCAGGAAUCCAUCUGAUUCCACGCCACACAUAACGGAGUACUACAAACAAGUGAAACGACGUAAUCCCACACCUAUUUCCGAACAAAGCAGCCAUCCCAAGAAACAAGCCAAACAUCAAUACGCGUCCGAUGAGUUUUCCAGCAAUGUGGUGGUGGUGCAACAGCAACCGCCGCGCUCACAACAAUUCCAACAUAAAUCCACCAAACAACAAGUGUUGGUGCGCACCAACUCGCAAACGCAACGUGUUGCACUGUCGGGGACAGGUUCAACGUUACAAUUCGCUGCGCCCUCACCGCAACCACAACGCCCGCCAUCGUCUGCCUCGUCGACCUCAUCGUCAAUUGCAUACAAAUCGGGCACACCCUCAUCCGCCUCUUCAUUACCCGCCUCGAAGCGCACACCUGAAGGCAAUCGUGCUGACACCUCUCUGGGUAUAUUAACGAAAAAAUUCGUCGAUUUACUGCAAGGCUCACCCGAUGGCGUUGUUGACCUCAAUGAUGCGUCAGCCAAAUUGUUGGUACAAAAGCGACGCAUCUACGACAUUACGAAUGUGCUAGAGGGUAUUGGCAUACUGGAGAAGAAGUCGAAAAAUAACAUACAAUGGAAGUGUGGCAACUCGCUGGUGAGUUCGGAUCGUACGCGUGACAUGCAAUUGGAGAAUGAAAGACUCGAGCAAAAGGAGAAUCAGUUGAAUACGCUGAUUGAUCAGAUACGCGAAGAACUGAGUAGUGAGAUUUCGAAUAACAAUCAAUUGGCCUAUGUGACGCAUACCGAUUUGAAGAGUGUCGAUCUGUUUAAAGAUCAGAUAAUAAUUGUCAUUAAAGCGCCACCAGAAGCCAAACUUGUGAUACAAAGAACACAAAUAACUCUAAUACCGUGA